UCAUUGGAUCUGUGACUGACUUCCCUUGCUGGGUAGCAUUUCCCACCAGUGUGAUUGUGCAAAUCUGUACUUCCGUGAUUAUGCUUUGAUGCCAUCUAAGAGAUACUACUUACAGUCUGCUUUGGAGAGAAACACUGCCUUUAUCACUGGAAGAACCAAAGGAUUGUUUCUGAAGAGCUGUAGCUGGAGAGAAAUCCCAAAUCUUAAAAUGGACGUUAACCUUCUACUUCCUAUGCUAGUUCUGCUGCACACUGUGGUCUGCCAAGCACCAUCUGCAGCUCUGCAUCCUCCCAGACUCACUGUCCUGCCCCAAUAUCCUGAAUAUUUUGAAGGCGAGGGGGUCACAUUCGAGUGUUCAGCUUUUCAAAACAGGACAGUGGAAGGGUACAGGUUCUUCAAUCAGGAUGGAAAAGAGAUCCUCAAAAUGGCUCCUGACCCUUAUCAAAAGGCCAAGAUGACUUUCAAGGUUCAAUUGAACAGCACUGGAAAUUACACCUGUGACUACUGGAUGGAGAAAAAUGGGACAAUGACCAUAUCUGCACAAAGUGGCAGCAUCUCCCUAUGUGUGACAGAGGCUCCUGCAGCUCCCUCUCUCAUUCUGAAGCCCAAACUCUCCAAGUACAAUCUGGGAGACCUGGUCGGCCUACAAUGUACGGUUCCAUCUGAUACAAAGGGCAUCAAGGAAUUCGAGUACUUUGGUGACAGGAUGUCUAUCCAAUCUAUGGCUGUCAACGGUACUACCCACAUGUACAGCAUGAACAUCACGGAACCAAAACACAUGGGGAUCUUCAAGUGUGCUUACGUACAACAACUUUCUAGUCGGAAAGUAGUUUCCCACUGGAGUAACCGUGUUUCCAUUGUAGUACGGCUAAAUGUUGGAUGGGAACGGAUGUUGGCUGUUGGAGGCUCUUUCAUCACCAUCAAUGGUCUUAUCUUCUUUAUCUCCCAUUUCUUUUGCUGAACCACAGAUUUCCUCAUCCGAUAACUGAAAGACCUCAUCGUGGUCUACCCUGGCAGCUUCUUUAUCAACUGAAGUACAACCUCUUGAAUUCAUUCACUGGAAAACCCAGCCUUUAUCUUAAACCACUUGAUGGAGGAGGCAACAGGAAGCCUAUCACCCACAAGACAAAGACCCAGCUUUCCGGAGAAUCUGGGUUUUCAAUUGAGAUUGUUCUGAUUAGUCACAUUUAGAGACUUUUUAACAGUUGUUGCAACAAAGAAAAAUCCUUUUUUAGUGCAACAUUAACCUCAGUGGUAUGGGAAACUGAUGAUUCACUCGUCUCAUGAAGCUAUCAACUGGCCAUUCUAUUUUUAAUGAAAAUGAAUAGCAAGUUGAUAAAAUAAUCAUUUGAUCAUCUCUGAGAAAAAUAACGGUAAGAUCCAGAGUUUAAGGGGGGGGGGUCCUUUGUGGAUUACAGCUCUCAAAGUCCACUAACUAGUACAGUAAUUUGCUGGCCAUGCUUGAUGAACGAUUUCUGAACCUGUUGUCCAAAGGAAGUAACAUCUUAAAAUUUCCACUAAGCUUCCACCUCUUCUCACAAGAUGUUAUUAAAAUGAACAUGUUUUCCUUUCAACAUGAUCUUCUCUUUUUUUACUCCUGGUCUGUUUCACCUUCCUGCUUCUCCACCCCAAAUUUUUCAUUUUAUAAAUAUAUUUCACAAAUCUAGCAUACAAAAUCAUUGUUAAGUAAAUGAUUACUACUAGACCAAGGCUGAAAUUUUGUAAAUACAUUUUCCUUGAGAGAUAAACUGUUUCCCAGCUUUUUUGUAUUCCUCCAACCCAUCCUACAAAUAAAGGGGGACUUUAUUGGAUGUUCCCCAAAUAUUCACCACCAUUUUCUGUGGUGUUCACCACUUCCUCACUAUUAGUCACUCACAGAGCAUUGAAAAAACGAGACCUCUGUGGUUUUGUGGAGGACACAAAAUGAUGUGUCCCAUCCGGGCCCUGAAUUUGUCCUCCCAUGGAGGAAGUGAGUGGAAUGACCACAAUUUUUCAGCCCACAAAUGGAUGAAAUAUGUGUGCACAGCUUUAAAUACCAGAUUGAUUUCAAUUCAGAUUUGCUUUCAAGCUUUGGCAUGAAACAAAAAUUCAGAUACUCUCAACAAAUCCCACUCUUUCACAUUUUUUUGAAUUUGAAAUGUAUUGCUUACAUGUUUGUGUAGUUUACAUUUUUAUGUACUAAUAAAUUCAUUUUGCAUUCUGAAAUCACACAUAUGUUUAUCAGGGAAGCCACAUUCCUGUAUGUCAUGAGAGACCUCCUGAAACCUUCCUUUUUGGCUGGGUUUUAUAAUUGUGUCCUCGGUGUCCACUGAAAAAUUAUAUAGCCUUCCACAAGCCAAGGUUGGCUAAAGUUCCCCCCCCAAAUUGUGAAAAGCCUUCAUGGGGUUGGCCAUUUUCUCAAGAGACAUUUUGGUGUGUCAAGUAUGAAACAUUUGGAAGAAUUCUUUAUAUUCACUAAGGUGAAAUAUACCCCAAACUACCAUAAGGCAUGGACAAACAUGAGCAGAUACCAUUUACUCAGAAUGAAUUCUUGUAACACACUGAAUUAAUUCCCAAUUUAUAUAUUUCCUUACACUGGAGUCUGUACCAUUGAGCCCAUGGCAGUUAAAGCAGUGUCAAACUGCAUUAUUUCUGCAAUGCAGCUGCAGCUGUAAUCACCAUCCCAACUAUAUAAGUUGGGAAUUAACUCAGUGUGCCACAGGAACUCAGUUACUCAUACUGAGUAAAUGGUAUCUGUGAUGAGAAGAAGAACUUUGGUUUGGCAACAUCCAUGAGUAUCACUGUAAAGUAUUUACUUUAAUUAAUAGAGCUGGAAAUGUUGGAUAAGUGUUUAUACAAAUGUAUUGUAAGUAUAUACUUGUAUUAGUCCCACCACUGAAGAAUUAUGAAAUGGCCAUGUAAAAAUCCUGGGAAUAGUUGUCUCAUUAAAGAAUGUAUGGAAUGCAGACUGUCCAGUUUAGGAUCAUUUUAAAAAUCUUCCUUAAGGAGUAUAUGGAAUGCAGAUUCUCCAAUUUAAGAUUGUUAAGGAGCCUGUGAUAUAUUGCAUCAUGGAUUAAAUUUUGCUAUGUUUUUGGAUUCAGGAAAUAUUGAUUUUAGGAGUUCUAAUAUAUGACCUUCUCACAAUUUGUCUAAUAAAGAAGC